CAGUUGCGGACAUAACGGACUAACUGCCCAAUCAGGCAACGUUUAUGUUUAUGUUUUUAACCUUCGUGAUCGAAUUGAAGGAAAAUGAUGUCUUGUUUGUCAGUUCGUUUCUCUUUAGAAUGUAAAGGAAUUCUGCGUUCGUUUCCAAAUUACGCCCUUAGAAACAUUUCCCCCCAAAAACCGUGGAAUGGAACAGUUUACUCUACAAGCAAAUUCGUACUCAGUGACAAACAGCAAAAUCAGCAACAGCUUGCUAAACCAAAACUUGCCGAACGGCUUGUGGAUGGCUGCCCUAAACCGAUGCGACCGUAUCUCAGAUUGAUGAGAAUAGAUCGUCCUAUAGGAACAUGGUUACUUUUUUGGCCUUGUAGUUGGAGUGUAGCAUUAGCUGCAGCACCAGGAUGUCUCCCUGAUUUUGGCAUGCUAAGUCUUAUGCUGGCUGGAUCAUUCGUGAUGAGGGGUGCAGGUUGCACAAUAAACGACAUGUGGGACCAAAAAAUAGAUCGUAAGGUGGAACGAACAAAAAACAGACCAUUAGCCAGCAAUCAAAUCACCCAUUUUAAUGCAUUAAUUUUUUUGGGUGCCCAGCUCAGUGUGGGACUUGCCAUUCUUUUACAGUUAAAUUGGUACUCAAUUCUUUUGGGAGCAAGUUCGUUAGGUCUGGUUAUAUCAUACCCUCUUAUGAAACGAAUAACAUAUUGGCCUCAAUUUAUACUCGGCUUGACCUUUAACUGGGGUGCAUUAGUCGGAUAUUCUGCUGUACAAGGUCAUUGUGACUGGAGUAUAUGUUUGCCCCUCUAUGCCGCUGGAGUAGCUUGGACAUUGGUGUAUGACACCAUCUACGCCCAUCAAGAUAAACAUGACGAUGUUAUCGUAGGAGUUAAAUCGACAGCUCUGAGAUUCGGUGAAGCCACUUCUAAAUGGCUCACGGGAUUUAGUUUAAUGACGGUAACUGGAUUUACCGUUGCCGGAAUUUCCGCAGAACAGUCAUGGCCGUUUUAUUUGGCUGUAUUAGCAUCCAGUGCUCAUUUGAUUCGCCAAGUAGCAACUUUGAAUAUCAAAGACGGCGAAAAUUGUGCGAAACUAUUCAAGUCUAACAAUAGUAUAGGUGCUGUUAUUUUUUUCGGUUGUCUUUUUGGUACAUGGUGUCAAUAAAUUAUAUUAUUUAUUAUGAUAA